UUAUCAUAAUCGGUCUUCUCUUCAGAACAGAUCAAGCUUUGUUCACGGGUCCACGCGGUAAUUGUGUUACAGCCAAACUUCGGCGUUUACUGAGUCAUAACGUGCGUUUUAUGAACUUUGUUUUUAUGGGAAUGCGUUUUAAGAUCAAUGAUUACGAUUAAAUUACUUGACGGCAGUAAGAAAUAUAUUAAUGACGUUAUAAUACAUUAUACAUAAAACAAUUUAAUGUGCGUUCGGUGAUAAAAUAAAAUUGGAAUUGCAAAUCGCACUGCGCAUGGAUUCAGAGUAAAACAUAUUUACAUCUUCUUAAAUAGUGAGUGUUUUAGUGUAUAUAUACAGUUUUCUGGUGAUAAAAUUUGUCAGUAACAAUCGAAAGAGAGUCUAUGUUCACUUACAUUAACCGAGCUUUUUGGCUUAAUAUUUAAAUUACCUACCCUCCUGACACUCUCAAUUAGUUUUCCCGCGAGACAAGUCAAGUGCGUUAAUUCGCAGAGACGCAUUCCUGAGCGCGCCCUGCAUGUGUGCUCGGCACACUUCACUUUCCCAUAAUCUACCCUCAUUUUCUAAGUGAAAAUGCGACCAACAUGGAGCUGGGUCAUCUUGUCAUUCCUUGCGAUUGUCCAAGGAUCCGUUGGAUUCAAGGCUCUCUUCCUAUUCCCAUUUCCGGCGAAAAGUCAUUUUGGUUCUCUUAGCCCCCUCGCCGAGGAACUUGCCCGAAGAGGCCACCAAGUCACAGUUGUUUCGCACUUCCCGAAAAAGAACGCACUCUACAAGGAAAUUAUCAUGGACUCCACGGAGUUUCACAAGCAAUUUAACAACAAUAAUGUAAAUAUGACAGAAUUGGGGACUGCAAAUCCGCUGAUCUCUCGAGCCUUCAUGUACACAAUGUUCAAUAAAUUCGCAGAGUUGAGCGUCUCGGCAAAGGAAAUGCAGGAACUCAUAGCCUCUAAAGAAGAGUUUGACAUCAUUGCUGGGGAGGUCAGCUUCUUCCAGCCUUCUCUCCUCGCUUUCGCUCAUAGGUUCCAAGCACCCUUCGUUGACCUCUCUCCUACAAGCCCUUUUACACACGUGUCUAGUUUCAUGGGUAAUCCAUUUUCCUUCUCUUACAUUCCGGACACCUUACUAACACUGAGUGAUAGUAUGAGUUUCCUCGAGAGACUGGAAAACACAGUAAAUGGUUUAUGGGAUUUGGCGUGGUUCAACUGGUAUUUCGCCCCUGCUCAAGAUGCCAUUAUCAAAAAGCACUUCAAGUAUCCGGGAGUGGAAAAAAUACCCUCCGUGUCGGAACUGAUCAAGAAUAUCUCCUUGUCACUAGUCAACUCUCACUUUUCUAUUGGUUACUCACGACCAUUCUCUCCGAACAUGAUCGAGAUCGCAGGGAUGCAUUUGAAACCGGUUCAAAAAUUACCUAAGGAUUUACAGGGAUUUAUGGAUGCAGCCGAAAAUGGAGUCGUCUACUUCAGUUUGGGUUCGGUUCUGAAGGAGGAGGACAUUGGAGAGGGCAGACUUUUAGCUAUUGCUGACGCCCUGAAAAGGCUUAAACAGCGGGUCAUUGUUAAAGUAGGAGCUGCGGCUGCAAAGUAUUUUGAGGGCGCCAAAAAUUUGCACAUCCUAUCUUGGGCACCGCAACAGGAAAUAUUAGCUCAUCCCAAGUUGCUCGUUUUCAUAACCCAUGGUGGCUACAACAGCUUGAUCGAGGCAACCCGAGCGGGCGUCCCGGUACUGGGUCUUCCUGUGUUCGGAGAUCAGCCGAGAAACAUUCGAUUCUACGAGACCCGAGGUAUAGGCAAAGGACUGGACCUUGGCUUCACAGCCGAUCAGUUUUAUGACUCCAUCAUGCAUAUCAUCACCACGCCCUCUUACAGAGAAAAUGCGAAGGAAAUUUCUAGAAGGACACAGGAUCGACCGAUGAGUCCACUGGACACCGCUGUUUUUUGGGUGGAGUAUGUUGUGCGACACAAAGGGGCCCACCACUUAAAACCAGUCUCUGCCAAUUUACCCCUCUACCAGUAUGCACUAUUGGACAUCAUUGUUGUCUUACUCCUGGCAGUUUUCCUUGUUUAUAAAUUAAUUUGUAAACUGUAUCGACUACUGUGUGGCACCAAAAAGACGAAAAAAGAAGGUGUCAAAAAGAAGACUAAUUGAAGAUUCAACUAAUAUAAUUUUAUUGUGAUAUAAAAAGUGGAUAAUAUGUUGAAGGCAUAAGAUCCGACAUUUUUUACUGAAGUCGAAUGACUAUUUUAUAUUUAUUGUUGUUUUAAAAUACUGUGAUAACAAAAUUCUCCUUUAAUUCUUAAUUUUCUCCCUCCCCUCAUCUUCGAUAAGAAACAUAAUAAUUAAAUUAUGUGACACAAAGACAAUUA